AUGAUCAGUGCCACUAAGCGCUGGUUCCGGCGCAAUCGCAAGGGCCUCGCGAUCGGAGCUGGCGUGAUCGGAGCGGGCUAUCUCGCAGGCCAGUACCUGCUGUCCAAGAUCUCAGAGGCGCGCGAGCGCAUGAGUAGUGACCGCAUUGCUCGGGAGAACUUGCGGCGACGCUUCGAACAAAACCAGACCGACUGUACCUAUACUGUGCUAGCCCUACUACCGACGGCGGCGGAGGAUAUUCUCGAAGCACUUCCCGUGGAAGUAUUGACCAAGGAGCUCCAGAAGAAGCGUGCAGAACGACUGGCUCGUCUUAACGCUGGCGAAGGAACAGGCUCGGAUCUAAGCUCGGUGGGCCCAAGUAUAACGGAUGAUGAUCGGCGUAGCUUGUCUAGCUUCCAAAGCGAUGGCUUUGUCCGUACGAGUCAAUUAGGGGAGUCGACCAUCGAGGGGGGUGGCUCACCACGUCCGAAGCGAAACAAGACCCAGCUGUGGAACGAGGUCAAGAUAACCUCUAUCACUAGGUCGUUUACGCUCAUCUAUACCCUGACCUUGCUGACCAUCUUCACUCGAAUUCAACUUAACCUGCUCGGCCGACGCAACUACCUCUCCAGCGUAAUCUCCAUGGCCACACCCCCUGCGGAUGGUUCAACUAUUCGACUUGAGGAUCAUGAUGAUGACGACCUCACGCAAACAUUGGGACAUGACUUUGAGACAAACCGGAGAUACCUUGCCUUCAGUUGGUGGCUGCUUCACCGAGGCUGGAAGCAGUUGAUGGAGGAGGUGCAGGCCGCCGUGACGGAGGUUUUUGGACCUUUGAAUCCCCGGGAGGACAUCUCGCUGAGCAAGCUGUCGGAAUUGAUCCUGCAAGUCCGUGGGAAGAUAGAGGGGAAGACCGAGGAGGACAGGAAGCAUCGGAAGUGGUUAUCUUAUGUGCUCCCCUCGCGAGAAGAGGAGGACUAUCUGUUGCAGGAGUCCGGGGUUCUUGGAGUGACGGAACCCGCGACACCUCAAACGACAGCGUCGCUGCGCCAUCUCCUGGACGAGACGGCCGAUCUGAUCGACUCCCCGACUUUCAUUCGUGUUAUGUUACUCCUCAACAACGAAUGCUUCCAGACUCUUAUUGAUCAAUGCAAGGCCGAUGCGUUCAAAUCGUCCACUCAGGUGCCCACGUCUGUUCCUCAGUCCUUUGACUCGGUCGCCACGGUCGUCCCCGCGGCUGACGGCUCCGACACGAAAACGAAGCUUGCAAAUGUGUUGGCCGUCCUGGCUCGACAAGCUCAUGUGAUCGGAAAUGGAACAGCUCCCCCAAACCUGUAUCUGACUUCCAUUGAACAGGGGGUACGAGAGCUAGAGGCCUUCGCGGCUGUUAUAUACAGCUCCAACUUUGACUCUGAGCUGCUUGGGACCGAUUCAAGGACGCAGCCAUCGGGAGCAGAGGCUGGCUUUGAUGUUCCUACAUCACCUGCCCCAGAGAUGAUUGAGAAGGAGGAUGCCAACGAAGAAGAACCUACCCCAGGAGCAUCAGUCGUAGCAGUGGACGAUGACUCAGCGUUUGAGAAGGCAUGGGGAAAGGCUGUGGAUGAUCAACCGUCGAGCUAA